AUAUUUGAUCUCUAUCUUGAUAUCCCAAUAUAGAGACUUCCAAUUGCUCGCCUUGGUACUAUAAUGGAUAGUUUAUAAACGAUAUUUUAAAAGUAAAGGAAGAUUAUGAUAUCAUAGUGGGCGUGGCGGAGGACGUGCAUGCGUAUGUACGUGCGUUUGAGGAGUGGAGUGAGCGGUGGUGAGGGUCGGCAGCGUCAGUAUCCCCGUACGAGAGGUACUUUGAAUACCAUCGCUUGUUUCACGUCUGAACAGCUUAUCCUAGCGCAAUGGAAAGUGAACAAGGCGGUGACAAGAGACAAGUGAGAGUAUGGGGCGAUGGCUGUUAUGACAUGGUCCACUUUGGACAUGCAAAUUCCCUGCGUCAAGCAAAAGCAAUGGGAGACUACCUAAUAGUUGGUGUGCACACUGAUGAAGAGAUUAGCAAACAUAAAGGUCCUCCUGUCUUUACACAAGAGGAGAGAUAUAAAAUGGUAAGAGCAAUCAAAUGGGUGGAUGAAGUAAUAGAAGGUGCCCCAUAUGUUACCACCAUAGAAACCUUGGACAAAUAUGAUUGUGAUUUCUGUGUGCAUGGAGAUGAUAUCACAAUGACUGCAGAUGGAGUAGACACAUACCACUUAGUGAAGGCUGCCAAGAGAUACAAAGAAUGCAAGAGGACAGAAGGUGUCAGCACAACUGAUCUUGUUGGACGGAUGCUACUAAUGACACGACAACACCAACAGGUUGGAGAAGCAGAAUACCUUGUUGAGCGUGGCCAUUCUGACAGUCUUGGAACUGAUGCCAGUGCUCGCUCUCCAUGGACUGGUGUAACACAGUUCCUCCCAACAACACAAAAGAUAAUGCAGUUCUCUUCAGGACUUACUCCAAAGCCUGGUGACAAGAUUGUGUAUGUGGCAGGAGCGUUUGACUUGUUUCAUGUUGGUCACUUGGACUUCUUGGAAAAGGCACGGCAGGAGGGCGACUUCCUAAUUGUGGGACUACACACAGACCCUGUUGUCAAUCGGUACAAGGGAGCUAAUUAUCCCAUUAUGAACCUGCAUGAGCGUGUUCUUUCUGUUCUAGCCUGCAAGUAUGUGAGUGAAGUUGUGAUUGGAGCUCCAUAUUCAGUGACAUCUGACUUGAUGGACCAGCUUAAAGUAGAUUUGGUAUGUCAUGGCAUGUCCGAGAUCAUGCCAGAUGCUGAUGAGUCGGACCCCUAUGCAGAGCCCAAGAAUAGGAAAAAAUUUAAGUUGCUGGAUUCAGGGAAUGACAUGACAACCCAAAGGAUUGUUGAGCGAAUCAUUGAACAUAGGUUGGACUAUGAAGUACGUAACAAAAAAAAGGAGAAGAAGGAGAAAGCUGCUUUUGCUGCAUAUAUGAAGGCAAAGGCUGAGGGUCGUGUUGACAUCAGCCCGAUAACAGGAGAGUGACCCCUCAAGGCAUACUUUAAGACUAGUUCGUGCCAUAUAGUAUAAUCUUCACAAGUUUGUUUUAUGAAUUUUAUAUUCAUUGCACUUGAAGGAUUUAUUUUAAUUUUUUUUAAGGGUGUUAGUUUGUGGUGAUGGUGUAUUCUUAAACAAAAUAGAUACAGUUGAUUUCAGAUUAUAACUGAUAUUUAUCUAUCCUAAAGAUCGGACAAAACUUUGCUAAUGUUUUAGUGUUAGUAUUUAAUACUAGUAUUAAAUGACUGCCACUUUGUCUUUUCAUUGAAUUGUUAGUCCAAAAAUUUUUUGAUAUACUUAUGUGAAGAGAAAACAGUUUUUCAUUAAGAAUUUAACGAAUAAAUAAACAACUUGUAAAAUGGCAAUGAUCAGAUAGAAAAAAGUAAUGCCAUUGCUUUUGACUAGAAAUUAAGUUUUUAAUUCUUGAAUGAUUGUAUCUCAGCUGUGAUGGCAAUUAUUGUAAAAAGUAAACCAGGUUUGUUUACCAAAUCCAGUAAGAAACAUGCAUUUGUGUAAUACAAAAGCAACCAGGAAGAGCAAUGGGGUGUUAUCUUAAAAAGAGCACUGAGCUCAAAGGGGAAGUUCUAUAUUACUGGGACUGAUUAAGGAAUGAGGAAUAUUUCCGUUUCCUGUCUUAGUGAUGAGAAAUUAUAUCAGGUAAUCUAGUCAUGUUGGCUAUACAGUACAUAUUUGCCAAAUAUUAGAUAGACAGUUAUAAAGCCUGGUAUAAGAUAUAGGCAUUUAUAUGGCGUAGUGGCUUUGUUCUCAUUUCUUUAUUUAUUUCAAACACAAAAUAAAUGCAGCAGUAAUUCUACCGUGUGAAAAUGAAAAAUUGCCUGUGAUUGCUUUGCUGUUCUGAAUUCAGCAUUGCAUAGUAUGUAACAAUGUUAUUUGCAUUUUUGAUAAUGUGACCAUUCCCUUAGUGAUUGUGUCUAUUAUAUAAUGUGUGAAUAGUAAGUUUAAUGUAAUGAUGAGAUCAAUACACUAACAUCAAGGGAUGUUCCAAAAGAUAAUUCAUGGUACUUUUUAUAAUAAUCAGUAUGAGAAUGGAUCAAGUAAGAAUUGUGGGCUGAUAUGUGUUGUUAUACAUGAAGUUUUGAAUGUUGAAAGUAAAUGAAGUUAGUCAGAAUGCUAAAAAGUCAGUUCACUUUCCUGAUAAAUGAUUAAUUUUUAGCUAUGCAUGUUGAAAGGUGUUUACAUAUUACUUAAUUUGUUUUAUUUAUUAAUUGCUAUUUUUUGUAAGUUAGCUCUGGCAAUUAUUGAGGCAAUGAAAUAUAUUGUCAUUUUGCUAUUUCAAAUUUUGUACAUGUGGUGUGUGGCUUCAGUUAUUUCCUUAUUAUUUACUCAUUGUUACAGGGCUUUCGGGAGUGAUUGUUGAUGUGUGAUUACCAUGGCGUUAUCUUCAAAAGAUUAUUAGUAGGAUGCACUAAGGUAUUAUUUCACUUCUGAUCCCACAAGGUUUCCAAGUCAUAGAAACCGAGGCAAGAAUACAGCUCUUUUGAAAUCAUAUUUAAAGAGAAAUAUUAUGGUGUUAGCCAAGUCCUGGAUUUGGUUAUAUCAGAAGUGUGAGCAUUGCACACUGUGAUGGUGGAACUGUCUUCAUCUGCCAGCUCUUAUUAUACCAUCUUCCACAGUAUAGCAUGGUGUCUUAUACAGUGUCUUUAUCAUAAUUGUUUUACAACAUGGCUUCCUGUGACGAGCUGUUAUUUGCAAAUGUGAUAAUGGUGUAAUUUUGUUAUUAAAAUCUAAAAAGCAAAACAAAAAAUGAUUAAAAUCAUUAAAACAACAAAAUUUUCCAGUUCUUGUAGGAGUCGAGUAUUUAAAAUAAAAUAAAGGCACAUUUAUUGAAAGGAAGGAUGAAGUAUGCCAAGGCUAACUGCCAUGAUUUUGCUUUGGUUAAAAUUAAUUUUAAAUGCUGUACAGUAACUCAGAGGUACUUACUCUCAUUGAUUUAUGUAGGUAUUAAAGGCUUUGUGAAGAAUGAAACCCAAUCAUGUAAAUUGUUUCAUCAAAAGGAUUUUUCAUAUUUUCGUAUGUGUAGCUUGGUCUUGAGCUAUAAGAGCAUAUUUUUAUUGUAUGAUUGGUAAUUUUAAGUUAUUUUCUUUGUUCAUGUUAAAUCCUUAUACUGUAUUGUCAUGUACGUACUAAGUACCGUAUUUUACGGCAUAUUAGACUCAGCCAUAUAAGACGCAACCCCUAUUAUAGCAGGCAGUAUUUAGGAAAAACUUUUAAGUGUACAGUGUUUUCCUCCUCUAUCCAUAGUUUUCUUAAAACAAUAUAUUCAGUACCAGUAAAUGUGAGGAAUAAAUAAUAAUACGUACAGUGGUCCCUCGGUUAACGAACACAAUUCGUUCCAGAAGGUCGUUCG